CCUGCGCGCCCUUGCUGCCCCGAGCAGCCCCAGGAUUGCGAACUCGUGCCCCUGACCUAUCGGGCGGGCCUCCGCGCUCCUGCCCUCGGCCCGGAUGGGUCUCCUGGCUGGGACUUGGGGCACCUGGAGUUAAUGUCCAACUGGAGGUCUGCGGAGACCGGAUCCGAGGUGCCGCCGCCGGACGGGACUCUAAGAUGAAGUUAUGGGAUGUCGUGGCUGUCUGCCUGGUGCUGCUCCACACCGCGUCCGCCUUCCCGCUGCCCGCCGGUAAGAGGCCUCCCGAGGCGCCCAACGAAGACCGCUCCCUCGGCCGCCGCCGCGCGCCCUUCGCGCCGAGCCGUGACUCAAAUAUGCCAGAGGAUUAUCCUGAUCAGUUUGAUGAUGUCAUGGAUUUUAUACAAGCCACCAUUAGAAGACUUAAAAGGUCACCAGAUAAACAAAUGGCCGUGCUUCCUCGCAGAGAGCGGCACCGGCAGGCUGCAGCCGCCAGCCCGGAGAGUUCCCGAGGGAAAGGCCGGCGGGGCCAGAGGGGCCGAAAUCGGGGGUGCGUCUUAACCGCCGUGCAUCUGAAUGUCACUGACUUGGGUUUGGGCUACGAAACCAAGGAGGAACUCAUUUUCAGGUACUGCAGCGGCUCAUGCGAUGCAGCCGAGACAAUGUAUGACAAAAUAUUAAAAAACUUGUCCAAAAAUAGAAGGCUGGUGAGUGACAAAGUCGGGCAGGCGUGUUGCAGACCCCUCGCCUUCGAUGACGACCUGUCCUUUUUAGACGAUAACCUGGUUUACCAUAUUCUGAGAAAGCAUUCCGCCAAACGCUGUGGAUGUAUCUGA